AUGUGUGACGACGAAGUGUGUGACAUACGCAAUGCACGUGAGAUGUUUGUGGAAAUUCCUCAUCCAUGUAUUGUAGCGUGUAAUGCUUUACUUGACGCUUUUGGGAGGAAUGGAGACAUGGGUUCUGCUUUUCUGUAUUUCCAGAGCAUGCCCGAGAAGGAUGUGGUUUCAUGGGCGAGUGUUAUUAAUGGGUUCGUGAUGAAUGGACUUGAUGCAUUGCGGAUUUUUGCAAAGAUGAUGGAUCACGAGGAUGUGGUCCGCGGUUCCGUGAAGCCUAAUGAGGCUACAUUUGUUACUGUGCUGUCUUCUUGUGCUAAUUUAGAUGGAACUGGUCUUUAUCAAGGGAAGCAGAUACAUGGAUAUGUUGUUAAGAAUGGGUUCAGUUUGAGCGCUGUCGUGGGGGCUGCGUUGGUAGAUUUGUCUGGAAAGGCAGGUUGUUUGGAGACUGCAAAAAGAGUAGUCAAUCGGAUAGAGGUUAAAGAGGUUUUCACUUGGAAUCCAAUGAUUUCUUCACUUGCCUGUCAUGGCAGGGCGAAGCAAGCUCUAUGUAUGUUUGAGAAGAUGAAAGUGCAAGGAUUUUGCUCCAAUGAGGUUACCUUUGUUGCUAUUCUUACAUCUUGUGCUCGAGCAAAACCUGUUGACUUGGGUUUGAAGUUGUUUCCGUCAGUGUCAAGUCGAUAUGGGAUUGUACCAAUAAUGGAGCAUUAUGGCUGUGUUGUUGAUCUAUUGGGCAGAGCAGGAAUUCUGAGAGAUGCAGUUGGGUUUGCACUUAGCAUGCCCUUCAUGCCUGAUGCCUCUGUUUUGGGAGCUCUUUCUGGUGCUUGUAAGAUUCAUGGGGACGUUCAGUUGGGAAAUGAAGUAGGAAAGAAGCUCAGUUGGGAAUUACAGCCAAAACAUUGUGGCCGAUAUUUCGUGUUGUCAGAUGUAAGUGCCGUUGGGGAAAGGUGGGGAGAUGCUGCUAAUUGGAGGAAAGUGAUGGCAGAGUCUAAAAUCCGAAAAAUUCCAGCAUGUAGUUUGAUUGGCUCGGUCAAAGUUGAUUCACUAAGCGGAUAA